AUGUUGGCCAAGUUGGAUCCGAGCAUUGGCAUCGCCGCCGAACUGGUGAACCUUUACGGCCUGCUGGUGCAGUUCCUCCUGAGAGAGGAAACCACUCUGGUGUAUUACAAUCCGUCUGGACUCGACUGCAGUUGGAAUAGUCAUUGGCCUUGGAAUUUGACCACCCAUCCACAGAUCGUUUGGCAGCGCAGUUUUCCCCAUUCGGGCCUGAACGAUCGCUUCAAUCGCGAAACCAUGCUGCUGGCCUGCUUGCCAGAAGGUCCUGAUGGUGUAGCACAACUGGAAAGCCUAGCCAAUAACCUUAACCAUCUGCGAACGGUGCGCUUGCUCAUCGAAGUGGUGGGCUCUGGGCAGGAUCUCUUGGCCAGCCAACUCCUGUCGACUUGCCUACGUGCGGGCGUGAUGAAUGUGGAGCUGUAUUUCCGGAACUACAACCACUCCCUGAUCCUCUACACUUACCGGGCUUUUCCCAGGUUUGAGCUGGUGAAAAGGGGGAUCGGGAAGGGAGUGGAACUCUUCAGCAAUAAACUGUUGAAUCUGCAGGGCCAUCGGCUGCGCGUCAUGCCGGAUCUGUCGCCACCGAACACCUUUGACUAUCUGGAUGCCAAGGGGGAGAAGCAGGUGGCCGGCUUCCUGUGGGACUUCAUCGCCACCUUUGCCAACAGCAUCAACGCCAGCCUGGAGGUAAUCCGUCCCAACUGGCGGGUCAUAGCGGUGCCGGAAAGCUCCUUUAUGCUGGAGUACACAGCCAAGGGCAGUAUAGAUGUCGGCCUGACCACCACUUUCGUAUCCAAGCGGAAUAUCUUGGCCCUCAAUCAGUACACCUAUCCGGUUCUGAUCUCCAGCUGGUGCACCAUGUUGCCGGUGGAGCGACCUCUGCCAACCGCCAAGCUUUUCGAGAGGAUCUUGUGUCCUGCCCUGGCGGUGAUUUUACCCCUCAUCAUCGUGGUCGGCUGGCUGCUUCUCAGACAUCGGAGAUGGCUGAUAAACUUAAGGAUGGCCAGGAUAGUGCCCCGAUUGGUGGUCCUGCUCCUGAUGGCCACCUGCAAUGCCCAGCUACUGUCACUGCUGAUCUCACCACCCUAUCAGGAAAGGAUUACCAGUUUCGAUGACAUGCUCGACAACGAGUUGAGUAUCCUGGGCAUGCGCACUGAAUUCUACAACUUUGAAGGCACUUUCCGGGCGCGAUACGCAGGCAUAUUUCAUUUGAUUGACGAUCCCGACGAAUUGUACGACCUGCGCAACCACUUCAACACAAGUUGGGCUUAUACCAUGCCGUUCACCAAAUGGCUGGUGAUAAAUACCCAACAACGGUUCUUUUCAAAGCCGGUUUUCCGUCUGGCAAAUGAUCUCUGUUUCUGCGACUUUCUACCAUCCAGUAUAGUGGUCGCUCCGCACUCGAUUUACUGGGUGUCCCUAAAAGACUUCACAUUGAUUGCAGAGCAGUUUGGAUUAAUUAAGCACUGGAUCAGAAAGAGCUACUACGAUAUGGUUAAGGCCGGCAGGAUGAGCAUCAAGGACUACAGCCAACUGGUGGUACUUAAGCCCCUGGGAAUCGGGGAUCUAGAGCUGGUCUGGCGAAUCUGUGGAGCUGCCACACUGCUGGCCGUUGUAAUUUUUCUAAUGGAGUUGAUGUUUUUCUAUAUCAACGUUUUUCUCAACAAUUUGUAG